AUGUUAAUAGAAGGAAAUUUAACGAAAAAGUAUGAUUCAUACCUGAUUAUUUCCUUCUUUCGGCAGUAAAUAUUUUCACCGUUCGACACACGCGUGCACUUCGUAUCCGCGCCAUAUUGUAACUACCGCAAGCUAUCGAUAAUUAUCGAUUUUUACUGCGAAAUCGCAAAACAGCAUUGUGGGCAAGCAUCUGUCAUCGAGCAACGUACGUCCUCGUUUCGAAGUGGAAGAAAUGAUCGAAAAACUUUGUAAAUAUCGAGAAGAUUAUACGAGCAGAAAUGUUGAAGAAGCGAGUGUUUUUGUGUGCUGUUUGUGAGUUAGUGACAAUAAAAUCGUUUGGUUUUGUGGUUGGAAAUGGAGAAACGAUGGCUACGCGGAAACCGUGUUUGUCCCUUUAAUGGCGUCGAAUCGAGGAAAAGGAAAAAAAAGCAUUGCUACACAUUUAUCUGACACGGUUGCGAGAAGGUUAUACAUUUGCAUGUUGUGUGGAAAAAGCUUGCAGAAUUUAACACUGAAUAGUUUUCCAAUGAUGGAAGAUUGCAGUCUGAGCGGUGAGUGUUGAAAAUGAAAAG